AUGGGGCAAACACUUACCACCCCCUUAAGUCUCACUUUAGGUCACUGGAGAGAUGUCCAAAUUCGAGCCAACAACCUGUCGGUGGAAAUCAAAAGAAGAAAAUGGCAGACUCUCUGUACUUCAGAAUGGCCCACCCUCAAUGUUGGGUGGCCCAAAGAUGGAACCUUUAACAUUAAUGUUAUUUUGCAGGUCAAAGAGCGAGUCUUCGAUCAGGGACCCCAAGGCCAUCCGGACCAAGUACCUUAUAUCGUAGUCUGGGAAAGCCUGGUUGAUAAUCCUCCUUGGGUCUCUCCCUUCGCUCACCCAAAGCCUAAACCCCUUCCAGAGACUACUCCUCCCCCAAUACCCUCCGCUCCCCCUGUCCCAUACCCUAUCCCAAAUCCUACCGACCCUCCCAAACCUUCUUCUUCCUCUAACAGCGAUCCCUCUUCUCCCCGGCGUCCUAAACCACAAAAGAUCCUUCCUCCUGAGGACUCCCCCUUAAUAGACCUCCUAAGCGAAGAACCUCCCCCUUAUCAUCCUCCCCCUCCUGCGCAGGGUCGCAGGGAACCGACACAAGAGGGAACUUCCAACCUCUUUCCCCUGCGCCAAGGAGGAGGGCCAGGCAAUCAGCUCCAAUAUUGGCCCUUUUCGGCCUCCGACCUAUAUAAUUGGAAGUCCCAUAACCCUUCCUUUUCACAGGACCCCGUAGCUCUAACCGCCUUAAUUGAAUCCAUUCUAAUCACCCAUCAUCCCACCUGGGAUGAUUGUCAGCAACUCUUGCAGGCUCUCCUCACCACCGAGGAGAGACAAAAGGUUUUUCUGGAGGCCAGAAAGAAGGUCUUAGGAGACGACGGAAGGCCCACACAACUCCCUAAUGUGAUGGAUGCUGCCUUCCCUUUGACCCGUCCCCGCUGGGAUUUCAACACCGAAGGUAGGACCCACCUAAAUCUUUACCGCCAGUUACUCAUAGCAGGUCUCCAUAACGCGGGGCGUCGCCCCACCAAUUUGGCUCAGGUAAGACAGGUGACUCAGGGGUCAGAGGAAUCUCCAACCGCUUUCCUAGAAAGGCUUAAGGAGGCUUAUCGCAGGUAUAAGCCUUUUGACCCAGAUAGCAAUGAGCAGAGAGGAAACGUUUCAAUGGCAUUUAUUUGGCAGUCAGCACCAGAUAUAAGAAAUAAACUACAGCGUUUAGAGAAUUUACAAGAUUUCUCUUUACAAGAUUUAUUAAAGGAGGCAGAAAAGAUUUUUAAUAAGAGAGAAACUAAAGAAGAGAAGGAGGAACGACUUAGAAAGUUGCAGGAAGAGAAAGAGGAAAAACUAAGAAAGGAAGCUGAGGAAAAGGAAGAAAAACGAGAACGUAAGCGAACUAAGGAACUUAGCAAAAUCUUGGCCGCCAUAGUGCAAGGUAAUCAAGGAAUAGAGACAGGAAAGUCAGACAGGGAGGGAGACAGAAGGAGGCCCCGAAUAGACCGAAACCAAUGUGCCUACUGCAAAGAGAAAGGACAUUGGGCCAAGGAAUGCCCGAAGAAAUUUCAACACCCUAAGGGAAAUACUAAGCAAAGCACCAGACUUUUGGCUUUAGAUGAAGUAGGGGUGUCAGGGUCAGGAGCCCCCCCUGAACCCAGGGUAACCCUAACCAUUGGGGGGCAACCAGUCACCUUCUUAGUAGACACAGGGGCUCAACAAUCUGUUCUAACCAAGAGCCCUGGACCAUUAAGUAACCGGAUGGCAUGGGUUCAAGGAGCCACCGGAGGAAAACAAUAUAGAUGGACUACGGAGAGAAAAGUACAUUUGGCUUCAAGUAAAGUUUCUCAUUCGUUCCUUCAUGUGCCUGACUGCCCCUACCCACUCCUGGGGAGAGAUUUAUUAACCAAGCUCAAGGCCCAAAUCCAUUUUGAGCCACAGGGGGCCACUGUGACCGGCCCCAACGGGACUCCUUUACACAUCCUUACCCUACAGUUAGAAGAAGAAUAUAGACUACAUGAGAAGCCCCCCCAACCUCAGAGAGACCUAGAGUCCUGGCUUACGUCUUACCUGAAUGCCUGGGCGGAAACAGGAGGAAUGGGACUAGCUAUCCAGCAGCCCCCCAUUCACAUACAAUUAAAGGCAACAGCUGUUCCUGUCAAUGUUAAGCAGUAUCCUAUGUCCAAUGAGGCCUACCAGGGCAUCAAACCGCACAUACGGUGGUUAUUGGACCAGGGCAUUUUGGCCUCAUGCUGGUCUCCCUGGAACACUCCUCUGUUACCUGUCAAGAAACCUGGCACCAAUGAUUACCGGCCAGUUCAGGACCUAAGAGAGGUCAAUAAGAGGGUAGAGGACAUCCACCCUACGGUGCCCAACCCUUACAACUUACUCAGUACCCUGCCCCCAACCCAUUCCUGGUAUACGGUCCUAGAUCUCAAAGAUGCUUUCUUCUGUUUGAGACUGAGUCCUCAGAGUCAGCCCCUCUUCACCUUUGAAUGGAAGGAUCCAGAUCUGGGAAUAUCAGGUCAGUUAACCUGGACACGGCUACCACAAGGGUUUAAGAAUAGCCCAACGCUAUUCGACGAAGCUCUUCACCAGGACCUAGCUGACUUCCGGGUAAGACAUCCCUCUCUGAUCCUGCUCCAAUAUGUCGAUGACAUCCUAUUAGCGGCUACCAAUGAAGAGGACUGCCAAACAGGUACUGGGGAUCUCCUAUUGACCCUAGGCCAAUUGGGAUACAGGGCAUCUGCAAAGAAAGCCCAAAUUUGCCAGACUAAAGUCACCUAUUUGGGUUAUGAGUUAUAUAAUGGCCAACGAUGGCUAACGGCCGCAAGAAAAGAGACUAUCUCUGGCAUUCCUGCACCUCAAAACCACAGGCAACUGCGGGAAUUCCUAGGAACGGCGGGCUUUUGUAGACUAUGGAUCCCAGGGUUUGCAGAAAUAGCGGCUCCUCUGUACCCCUUAACCAAACAAGAUAUUCCUUUUGUUUGGACUGAGCAACAACAGCAGGCAUUUGAUCAUAUCAAACAAGCACUCCUUAAAUCUCCAGCAUUAGGCCUGCCAGACAUAACAAAACCCUUCGACCUCUUUGUUGAUGAAAAACAAGGAUUUGCUAAGGGGGUCCUAACUCAAAGACUUGGGCCUUGGAGACGCCCUAUUGCCUACCUUUCCAAGAAGUUAGACCCCAUGGCGGCAGGCUGGCCACCAUGUCUAAAAAUGAUAGCAGCAAUCGCGGUCCUCAUCAAGGAACAACUGACUUUGGGACAGCCCCUAACCAUCCUGGCUCCACACACAGUGGAAUCUUUAAUCCGCCAACCACCGGACCACUGGUUGUCUAAUGCCCGCCUGAUUCAUUAUCAGUCCCUCCUCCUGGACACAGACAGGAUCCAGUUUGGACCUGUAGUGACUCUUAACCCCGCAACCUUAUUGCCCACUCCUGGAGAGCCACCAUUACAUGAAUGUCACCAGAUCCUUGCGGAAACGUAUGGGACACGACCCAACCUGACCGACCAGCCCAUGAAGGAUGCAGACCUGACCUGGUACACAGAUGGUAGUAGCUACCUGUAGGAUGGAAAACGGCGGGCAGGAGCGGCCAUCACGACUGACUCUCAAGUUGUAUGGGCAAGCGCGCUGCCAGAAGGCACCUCGGCAGAAUUAAUCGCCUUAACCCAGGCCCUCCAACUGGCAGAAGGUAAGAAUCUCAAUGUCUAUACAGACAGUAGAUAUGCUUUUGCCACUGCCCAUGUUCACGGAGAAAUCUAUCGGCAAAGGGGAUUACUAACCUCUGACGGCAAAGAAAUUAAAAAUAAGACUGAAAUUUUGGCCCUAUUAAAGGCCUUAUUUCUCCCCAAGAGCAUAAUACACUGCCCUGGCCACCAAAAAGGGGAUACCCCCGAGGCGAGAGGAAACCGCCUGGCUGAUGCGACGGCCAAACAGGCAGCUUUGGGGCCCCAGCUAUUAACUGUCACUAUACUCACUGAGACAGGAGAGACAGAUGGGACCCCCAUUUGGAAUUAUGAGGAGGCCGACUUGGACUUUAUACAAAAGUUAGGGGCCAAUUACAAUUCAGCCCUAAACCAAUGGGAAUACCGAGGAAAAGCUAUAAUGCCUAUAAAAAUGGCAAAAGAACUAAUAAAUCACCUCCAUCGGCUGACUCAUCUAAGCGCAAGCAAGAUGAAAUCUUUAAUGAUAGGGCCAAUUUGGAAAACUAUUUCCCCAAACAAAACUUCCUCCUUCGUCAAGCGGCCGCUGACUGCAAAGCCUGCGCUCAAGUCAAUCCUGGAAAAACUUAUUGGACCAGGUGUCCGGGUACGUGGUCAUCAACCCAGCACACAUUGGGAAGUUGACUUUACCGAGAUUAAACCUGGCAUGUAUGGAUAUAAAUAUCUCUUAGAUUUUUUAGACACCUUUUCAGGAUGGGCGGAAGCCUUUCCUACCAAAAAGGAAACUGCCAACAUAGUUGCCAAGAAGCUGCUGGAAGAAAUUUUCCCAAGGUAUGGAAAGCCCAAGGUACUGGGGUCUGACAACGGGCCUGCCUUUGUCUCUCAGGUAAGUCAAUCGGUGGCCAAGCUUCUGGGGAUUAAUUGGAGACUACAUUGUGCUUAUAGACCCCAGAGUUCAGGACAGGUAGAAAGAAUGAAUAGAACCAUUAAGGAGACUGUAACUAAAUUACUGCUUUAAACUGGCUCUAAAGAUUGGGUAUUGCUCCUACCUUUAGCAUUCUAUCGGGCCAGAAAUACCCCAGGCCCGCAUGGCCUGACCCCCUUUGAAAUUCUCUAUGGUGCUCCGCCCCCUGCUGUCACUUCUUUGCGCCAGAUAUCUCUGCUCAUUCCCCUUCCCCCUCUAUAGGCCCAUCUGCAAGCCUUGCAGCUGGUGCAACAAGAGGUCUGGGACCCCCUGGCAGCUGCCUACAAGGAGAAACUUAGCACCUCACUACGGCCUCAUCCCUAUAAAAUCGGGGACACCGUCUGGAUCCGCAGACAUUGAGCCACAAACCUUGAACCCCGUUGGAAAGGGCCCUACACUGUCCUACUGACCACUCCCACCGCACUCAAAGUGGAUGGAAUCGCUGCUUGGAUCCACGCUUCACAUGUGAAGGCCGCUCACCAAAGAGACUCAACCGACUCUCAUCAGGAUCCAAAAUGGAAAUUACAACGUACUCAAAAUCCCUUAAAGAUAAGACUUUCUCGCUGUUAA